AUGAAAAAUGGCACGAACCCCCAAACCCUAAACCCGCAAGCCCUCUACACCCGCGGCACCAAAACAAUAACCUCAAUCUACGGCCCCUCCCUCCUCCCCCAAAUCUUCUCAACCUGGGGCUCCCACAAAGAAGACAUCUGCGUCAACGAGAUCCUAACAAUCUACGGCUUCUACAUCUCCGACUACGAAGUCCAGACAUCCCUCGAGACCGAAGCGGUGGUUAUACGCUACGAUCUCGUGUCGCAACCCAACCCCGGAUGCAGGCGGUGUAUAAAACGCCAGCCAACCCAACCCAAUGCAAAGGAGUGUCUAUAUCAACAGCAACAGCAACAGCAACAGCAACAGCAACAGCAACAGCAACAGCAACAGCAACAGCAACAGCAACAGCAACAGCAACAGCAACAGCAACAGCAACAGCAACAGCAAACAAUAGUUUAA